AGUAUCUUCACAGUCUGUCUGGACGCUCCCCUGCCAAGAGUGUCUGAUGUCAUGUACCACACCCGAGCUGCAGUUCAGAUGCUGCAUGGAGGGGGCAGCAUGUGGAACAGUGGAAAUUGCUGGUUUGACAAAACACUGUAGGUUAGACCUAUAAACAAUGAUGGAUUUAUCAAAAUAACAAGGUUUUUUUAUGUAUGGACCCUCAUGUGGAAAUAAAGGCUAGGCAUUGAUAUUGGUUGAGAUCCAUGGCAAAGAACAUUGAGGAGGCCAAACAAAACAUGAAUAUGUGAGAAACUGAGCGAUUCCACUCAACUGCAAACCUCAUAAAAUUAAAGGCAUCCCUCAACUCAAAGAAUUUCUGUCUGUGUAGCAUUUAAUACACUAGAGUUUAAAAAUACAAAAAUGAGCAAUAUUUAAUUUAAGUUUGUAUUUUGUAAUAAACAACAUGGCACUAUUGUUGACUAAGGAAACCUCUAACUAUCGUUUGUAUUUCAGUCUGCACCCAAGAGGGGUUUCAUAUGCUGUGUGUUCCUUGCAAAUAAGGCCAAAUAUAUAGAUGAGCAAAUCUUUGAAGCCACAAUUCAUAAUUACUGGUGCUCUUUUCUUUCUUGCAAUAUGGUUCAUGACUUGGAAAUGUGUCAAUGUGUUCUCCAAUUUUGGCAAAGAUUUCCCAAAGCUGCAGAAGAUGAGCCCUGAUGCCUUUAUUCAGAAGGCUCUCCAGAUGGCAUACUACAGAAAUUACAAGCGCUACUGUCCUACCUAUGAGAGCGCAUCCCUCCGCAUGUUCAGACUGGGUCGAACGGACACAUUCGCUCAACCGCCAUUGACUCGGCCAGAUUCGUGAAGGCCAUGGAUGACCCGAUCAAACAGGCGAUCCAUGGUCAAGCCAUCGACAUGCAUUUGCUCGGGCUGAAAAUGCAAGCUAUUGAAGACCUUUCUGCCUUGCCAGAGAUAUUUAUGGACACAUCAUAUGCAGUGGCACUGCAUUACAACCUCUCCACCAGCCAGGUUUUACACCAGUAUGACUGGACAGUAUGUGAAGAAAAGCAAGAUGGGAGCUGCUAUUUUAGGGAACCAUGUUACCAAUGAGUACAAGAUUCUGCUUUAUGGCAGAAAGCAAAAGCAGAUAACUACGGCUAGGUUCCAUCGUGGAUUUGUCUUAAAAGUGUGCAUAGCCAGGUUGAACACUGAGUCUUCACCAGACUCUCUUGUCAUUCAAGACCUGGUUCAUGGAGAGGGUCAAGCUGUUGAUGUUGGGGACACUGUUGAGGUGGCUUUUUCUGGAUGGCUUUUACAGAACCAUUCUCUAGGACAGAUAUUUGAUUCCAAUCUUGGCAAAGAAAAGCUGCGGGCUGCGAAGAGGGGAUGCUUGGUAUGCAGAAAGGAGGUCGAUGUCUCAUUAUUGUCCCUCCUAUCAUGGGUUUUGCAUCAAACGGUGUCCCUAACCAUGUGCCACCCACCAGCACUCUGGUCUUUGAUGUGGAGAUCCAUCGGGACUUACUGUGAAAAAUUCUCCAAAGACCGACAUACUGGGGAAUUAGGUGACACCUUUAGUACAUCUCCAGGCCCCAGUCCAGACACUCUGACUGAAGAGAGCACCACACAAUUGGUCACAACUGACACAAAUGAGUCGGGAGAUCAAGCUCCUAAGUGGAAGGUGGAAUCUAUACGUGAAUGUCUGAAGAGUGUCACAUUGCAACUCCUCUCAGAACCCUGGGAGCUUGAAUCUGACAUAGAUGAAGAGGAGCUGUACCUUUCUACUGAAGAAGUGUUUUAAACUGGAUGAAAUGCAGAAGGAAAAAAAUGAAAGCAGUAAAAGAGGCCAAAAGGUACAUCAAAGCAUUCUGCUGAACAUAAACUGACCGCACUGUGUAGUGUCAGCACUCGUUUAAAUCGUACGUUUUGGUAUAGUGGUCCCACUAUUUUUUCAAGCAGGUCAAAACAGGACUGAUAUUUAGAAGAGAAUCGUUGGAACCACAGAUAACUUGGGUUUUGGUGAAAGUUGUCAGAUUUCUAAUCUUUGUAAAGUUUAUUGCAAUGAAAAAAAAAUCUGUGUUUGUAUAUUUGGCUUAGGCAAAAUGUAAGCUUAAAACAUCUAGCUUUGAUGACCAAUAUUGAUUUAUGAUUAUGUACAUGGUACAAGACAGGUACAAGUAAAUGGAAAAAAAAAGGUGACAUAAUUGGUAAACAUGUAAUAAUAUAUGUAAUUUAAUAUUUUGAAAUAAAUGUGUAUGUACAAGGUAGUUCUUCUCAUUUUUACCAGGACACAUUAUCUAGCAGGUUUAUUUUGCAUAAGUCAGACAGUAGUGAUAACCCACAUUCUCCUACACGUAUCAGGAAUAUGUGAAUAACAAAGGGAAAUACAGUAUGUAAUGGCUUCACAAUGAAUUUAACAUUGAGAUUCAAUCUCACUUGGGGGGUCACAGAGAAAGUGGUGUGUGUAUGACCAAAAUGCCCAUAAUGUCUACAAGUUCCUAGAAAGAGAAAUAAAAA